UGCGUUUAUACUCCCAUGCUCGUUUGUUUUGAAUUAACAGUUUUUUAGACGGUUCAAUUUAACCAAAAUGGCAGAACUAGUUAAUCAGCGUAUUGAAGCAACAAUAAAUGAACUCGAGCAAAUGAGAAGAACAGAACUGUAUGAUGAUGAGGAACUAAGAGAAAUAGCACGUAAGCGGAAAGAAUUUGAAUAUAGAAUUCAAAGAAGGUUAAAGGAAAAGGAUGAUUAUGUUCAAUACAUUGCUUAUGAAUUAGCUUUACUUGAAGAUAUAACAUAUAGAAGAAAACAAAUUAAGAUGCACGAAAAGCUAAAGGAUAUAGAAUAUGCAAUAGCUAAACGUUUGAAUAAAGUUUUCAAGCAGUUUAUAAUGAGAUACCAAGAUGAUGUGGAAAUUUAUUUUGAAUAUAUCAAGUUCUGUAAGGCUGUUAAAUUUGAUUUUGCUGCUGCAGCUAUUAUUGGUCAAAUGUUGCAGAUCCAUGGGGAUAAACCAAAAACAUGGCUGCUGGCUAGUUUAUAUGAAACUAAAGUUAAGAAUAGCAUAGAAACUUCCAGAAGUUUUUUACUUAAGGGGAUUCAUAGACAUCCAGAAUCCGAAGAGCUGUAUAGAAAUUUGUUUGAAGUUGAACUAAAACUUGCAUUUAGUGCUGAAACUGAUGAUGAAAAGGAUAAAUGUAUAAAAAGAGCUGAAGUUGUUUGGAGGAACGGAGUUAAAAAUAUCCCAGACUUGAAAUUUUUAUUCCAAAUUUGUGAUAUUGCAUUGACUUAUGACAAUGAGACUGUGAUGAAGUCUUUAAAAGAGGAAAUUUGGAGCAAAAGAGAUAACAAAGAUGUUUGGUCAUACAUUGCCAUGAAAGAGCUGCAAGGCUUUCAUUGGGAACAAAUAGAUGAUACUAUAGAUACCAAUCAUCUCAAUUUUUCAAAAGAAUUGAACAAUUUUGUAGUACUUUAUGAAAAAGCUUUGGAACAGUUUCCAGAUGAAAAGUUAUGUACUGAAUACAUUCAUAAGUUACUUGGCUUAAAUGACAGCAUUUGUACAGAUCUACAGAAGAUUGCUGUUGUAAAGCGAGCCUGGGAACAUGGGCAUGCAAACGGUUUACUGACAAAUGAUAUGUACUCUUUUGGAUUCACCUUUUUAAGAUUAGAAGAUGAAAUAAAAACAGAAGAAUUCAUGCAGAUACUCGAUACAGCCCUAGUAAAGAAUCCUAAGUCAAGAGUUUUAUGGGAAGAAAAACUGUUGCUUAGUAAAGACAAUGAAAAUGAGAUGCUUUCCAUACUGCAAGAUGCUGAUAAAACUCUGAGAGGGGAGGAUUUAAUUUAUCUUUGGAAUUUCAUGUUGGAUAAUAUUGAAUCAAAUGUUGUGUUUAGGAGUUGCUACAAGAAAUUCCAGGCAUGUGAAAAUGCAAUUGCCCUGUCAUUGAAGCCAAAAUUAUUACAGAAAAUGUAUGAACAUAAUGGAUUGAAGACUGCUAGGGAAGUUUAUGAAAAUUUUGUGAGAACACCUCCAACACAGAAGGAAUUGCAUAAAGUAAUGAUUAAUAUUGAGUUGGCACAAGAAAAACUAAGUUUAAAACAUGCAAGAAAAUAUUAUGAAUGUCUGGUCCAUCACCAUGGAAGUGACCAUGUAGAUGUUUGGCUGGAAUAUAUUAGUUUUGAAACAAAUAUGGGUAAUGUCUCGGCUAUAGCUUCAAUUCAUAGAAGAGCAAUUGCUCAGUUAAAAAAAGAUAUAGUUGAUGAUUUCAUAAAAGCCCAGGCUAUAACUAGAUUAAAAUAAUUUUGAGUAUUGAA